AUGAUUGCAUAAAAUUUAGGUAUGCUCUUUAGUUAAGUUGAAUUACUCUACUUUUAAAAAGUGGAAGCUCCAAUGGAUUUGGAUUAAACCCUUGAUUUAAUGGAAGUAGGUAGGAAGAAAGAUUUAAAUUAAUUAUCAAAAAUUUAUUUAUCAUUUAUGAAAUCAUAUUUAGCAGUUAAUGAUAAGAUGUUAAUUGCUAUAAAUCAUAAAGCAAUUAUCUAAAGUGAAAUUUAUAUUCCAAAAAUAAUAGAAGAUUUGAAAUUAAUAAUGGAAAUUAUUCAAAAUUAUGAAGAUAGAUAAGAUCAAUACCCUUCAUAAUUAGCAUUAGUAUUGAACUGGAUUUUAGCUACAUUGACAUUAAUAAUUAUUUAAUCAAAAAAUAAUUGUUACAAAAGUAAUCAUUAUAAUUAUAUUUAAGUUAUUGAAAGUCUUUUACUAAAAUUAAUCAAGUUUUCACUUAAAAUUAUUUAUAUUCCUCUUAAAAAAGUAAUGAUAAUCUUUUUGGUCUUAUUAUAAAUUGAACUUAAUGAAGAAUUACCUUCAGAUGGACAAUAUUGGUUAAAGAUGUCAGAAUAUUAAAAAGCAAUAAAAUAACCAUCUAAAUUCUUUAUGAAAAAUGCAUCAAAUACUGAAUAAUUUUAUGUAAAAAUAAUAAAUAUUUUAAGAGAAGAUUAAUUUUAAGUUAAGAUGAAAAUUAAAUGGGAUAGAUAAUUGUAGUUGGAUUACUUAGAGGUUUAGUUAAAACAGCAGGGUCUGUAUCAAACAAUUAAUAAGGAGUAGAUAUUCAUAGAGAAUGGGAAGAAUAUUGUAAGAUUUUAAUUUUAAUUUAAGAUUUGAAUGAUAGUAAAUUAGCAAGUGCAGAUUAUGCAAAAUAUAAAGAAUAAUCAAAUUAAUAAUAAGAUUUAAGAACUUAAAAAAAUGAAGUGAUUGAUGAAUUUGAUAGACAUAGAAUUGUUUUGAAUUAUGCAAUAACUGAAUUCUUAUUAUUGUUUUUAAAAAAAUUGAGAAAUAAUUGUAAGGUUUAAUGUUCAUACUUAAUUUAAUUAAUUACAGAUGCAAAUGGAGUAUUAGUUUUCUUAAAGUUUUUUGAAAAGUUUAAUCCUUAAACAAUUUCAUCUACUAAAAUUGAUUAUGAUCAAUUAAAUACAUAAUAAAUAUUAGAAUAAUGUGUUAGUAAUUUGGUUAAAUUAAUUUAUAUUACAUGUAAUAACUUUUCAGAUAAAAUUAAUAAUUAUCUAAUCGAUUAUAAAGAAUAUGUAAUUAUAUUUAUAAUAAGUUAGUUAGCUAUAAAAAAAUUUCCAGGAAUGUUUCCAGAAAAUAAGAAAAUUAAAAAAUAUAGUCAUUUACUAUUAAAAAUAUAAAUUCUAAAUUUUAAUAAGAAAAACUUAAAACUUGGAAACACAAUGAAAUUAAUAUCAGAAGUUUAUUGUAAAUACAAAUAGAAUACUAAGAAUGAAAAUAAAAAUAUAUCAAAAUAAGAUUAGCUAUUGGAUUCUCUUUAUAAAUUUGAAAAAUGCUAAGAUAAAAUAUAUAAUUGUGAUAUUAUUUAAUCUUAAGAAGUAUAUAUUGAUAUUUAUAUAAAAUAGGAACUUAGAAAAUUACAUUUUGAUUAUAAUAAUUAUCAUUAUAACAACACAAUUGAUUCAAUUCCAGUUUAUAAUGAUGCUGAACCUAAUUAUAAAUAGAAUGAUUAUCUUGAGAAAUUAUAAAAUCAACCUAUAGAUCAUGAUUUUAUUUCCAAAUACGAAGAAUGGUUGGAAGAAAAUGUAUGGGAUUAUUAUGAUUGA